AUGCGUCCCCUCUCACCGGCAAGCGGCCCCGGCGGCGAUGGAGCCAUACCGUCUGAUGCUCUGGAACCCAUCGCUAUCGUUGGCCUAGCCACCCGCUUUCCACAACAAGCAACAAGCACAGAGAGUUUAUGGGAGCUUCUCCUACAGGCCCGCUCAACGUGGUCAUCGAUACCCAAAGAACGCUUCAACUCGGACGCCUUCUAUCAUCCGGACCCCGAGCAUGGUGGAACAUUUCAUGUUCAAGGAGGACACUACCUUUCAGAAGACCCCGCCUACUUCGAUGGGUCCUUCUUCAACGUAACCAAGAAUGAGCUCUUGACAUUGGAUCCGCAGCAGCGGCUAGUACUGGAAAAUGUCUACCAUGCUUUGGAAAAUGCAGGAAUUCCAUUGACCAGUGCCGCUGGCUCCAACACAUCGGUUUUUGUCAGUGGAUUCAACCAUGACUACCUGGGUAUCCUCAAUUCGGACCCAGAAACCACUUUAAAAUACAAGCCUACAGGUGUCACCAAUGCUAUUCUGUCCAACCGUGUGAGCUGGUUCUUCGACUUCAAAGGACCAAGUAUGACCAUUGACACGGCUUGUUCCAGCAGCUUGGUGGCGCUGCAUCUUGCUGUACAGAGCUUACGUGCCAGAGAGACGAACAUGGCUGUCGUCAGUGGUGUGAGCAUUCUUGAAAAUCCCGUGGAAACCAUCGGCAUGAGUCACCAUGGUUUGUUGGGAACUCAAGGGCGGUCUUUCAGUUUCGACUCCCGUGCCGAAGGUUAUGCACGAGGCGAAGGCGUGGGCACAGUUGUAGUGAAGCCUUUGAGUGCUGCUAUCAGAGACGGCGAUACUAUUCGUGCGGUUAUUCGGGAGACCGGAGUCAACCAGGAUGGCCGCACGCCAGGAAUCACUGUUCCCAGCGCAGAUGCCCAAGAAAGACUGAUCCGUGAGGUCUACUGGAGAGCCGGCUUGGAUCUCGAGCACACAAGAUUUGUCGAAGCCCACGGCACGGGAACAAGCACCGGUGAUCCAAUAGAAGCGGGUGCUCUUACGAGAGCAUUCAAAUGUCGCCGAGAGACUCCGCUUUACGUCGGAGCCAUCAAGUCAUCCAUUGGGCAUCUCGAAGGUGGCUCAGGUGUGGCAAACGUUAUCAAAUCUAUUCUGACCCUUGAGUCUGGGAUCAUACCUGCAAACUUUGAUACGAAGCAGACAAAUCCCUCCAUCCCUGCAGCGGAUUGGGACAUUGCAUUCCCUACGGAGGCUCUUCCAUGGCCAUCGCCGGGGCUGCGAAGAGUGUCAAUUAACUCAUUUGGGAUUGGUGGCACCAAUGCUCACUGCAUUGUUGAUGACGCUUACCACUAUCUUAAUGACCGCCGUCUUACAGGUUCCCACCGCACCACAUCUACUGUUCCCACAAUCCAGAAAAUCAACAGCAGGCUCUUGGCACUGCCCCGGUCAGGAACAGAGUCAAAUAAUCUCGUGACGGACUCAUUCGAUGACAGCGAUCACUCUGGGCACGGGAAUACCUUUGUGGACACACCCACAAGCGAUGGAUUUUGUGCAUCACCCACAUUCACAUCACCUACGUACACCAGCUUGGUCGAGAAACCAAAAGUAUUCUUGCUAUCAGCUUUUGAUGAAGAUGGCGUCAAGCGGAAUGCAGCUGAAUUCGCCAAGUACUUGAACCGGAGAACGACGCAGUCGGUUCUCCAUGACCAUCUCCUUGAUGAUCUCUCCUUCACCUUGUCGAAGAAACGAUCCCAGUUUCCCUGGAAGAGUUUCGUUAUGGCAACCUCUGUGAAAGAACUCGCAUGGAACCUGUCGGAAUCGAAUUUUGCCAAGCCAACCAGAACCGCCAGAGUGCCAGAGGUUGGAUUUGUUUUCACUGGCCAGGGAGCUCAAUACCAGGCCAUGGGCCGAGAGCUCAUGGUCUACCCUGUUUUCCAAGAGUCUGUGGAGGAAGCAUCGGACUAUAUCCGCCGACUCGGUAGUCCGUGGUCACUACUUGACGAGCUCUUGACUGAAAGACAAUCACCACGAGUCAACUUGCCCGAGAUCGCUCAUCCAUUGUGCACAGUUUUGCAAAUUGCGCUCGUGGAUCUCUUGGCCAAUUGGGAAAUCUUCCCAAAACGUGUAAUGGGUCACUCAUCCGGUGAGAUAGCCGCCGCUUACUGCUCUGGCAAACUGUCCCGCGAAGCCGCUUGGAAGGUUGCAUACUACCGUGGAUAUGUAUCAUCCAAGCAGCUUUCCGCAAAUGGAGCGAUGAUGGCCGUGGGUCUGGGUGCAUCACAACUGCACCCCUAUCUGGACUCUGUGAAGGAAAACAACACCGGAGAGCUCAUCAUCGCCUGCUACAACAGUCCCAAGAACAACACUGUUUCUGGAGAUGACGCUAUGAUUGACUGUCUCAAAAGUCUCCUCGAUGCCGAUGGCAUCUUUGCUCGAAAGUUGAACGUCAAGAAUGCGUAUCACUCGGCCCACAUGCAUGGGAUUGCUCAGGACUACCUUCGUCUGAUGGGAACGCUUCCCUACGGAAGGCGGCUCGCAGCUCCACACCAGGUGCAUAUGUUUUCCACUGUCACAGGACAGCAAGUCAAAGAGGAAAAUCUGCCUGCUCAAUACUGGGUGGAUAAUAUGGUUUCUCCUGUUCUUUUCACAAGCGGUUUGGUUGCAAUGACCUCAGAUCCAGUUGCCAGUCAUGGCUCGACCGCCUCCACAGAUUCUCUGCGCCUGCUUGUGGAAAUAGGGCCUCACUCAACCCUGCAGAGCGCCAUCAAGGAAAUACUGGUCUCGAAGAGCCCCAAGUUGGAAUUCAAGUACCUGGCCGUUCUUAAACGGACAGAUCACAGCCUCAACACUCUACUCACUACAGUAGGCUUCCUAGCUUUAAGUGGAUUUGAACUGGAUUUCCAUUCUGUGAAUCAAGCCUCUCGUUCCAAGGCGAAAAGGCGGCCCAGGCUGUUAGUGGACUUGCCACCAUAUAGCUUCAAGCAUACCGAGAAGAUUUUGUUUGAGAGUCGACUGAGCAAGAAUCUUCGAACUCGACAGUUCCCUCGUCAUGACCUGUUUGGUGCGCCAAUCACGGAUUGGAAUCCUACUUCUCCCAGAUGGAGACAUUUUGUUCGAUUGAACGAGAACCCCUGGCUGAGGGAUCAUAUGGUCACUGGCAACUACGUCUACCCUGGCGUGGGCUAUUUGAUCAUGGCAAUUGAAGCAUCGAGGCAGUUGGCUGGCGAGGCAAAAGUCACUGGCUUCCAAUUACGAAAAGUGAACAUCCGAAGAGCCUUGAUUAUACCCAAUACCAAAGAAGGAAUUGAAAUCUCCUUGGCAAUGGCAACUGUCGAAGAGUCCUCAGCGUCAUGGCGAACGUGGCGGCGGUUUCAGAUAACUUCCUACAAUGCAUCGAGUGACGAGUGGACCGAACACUGCACUGGUCACAUCACAGUUGACCACGCAACAGCUUCUGACCCAGUGGACAAUGGUCGUGAAGCAGAAGAAGAAAGCCGAGCACGGGAAUCCGAACAUCUCCGCGCAAUUGAGACAUGUGCCAAAUCCAUGGCCUUCAAAUCUACAUACAAUAACCUCCAAACAUCCGGCCUCAAUUUCGGUCCUUUGUUCCGAAACCUCGCAGACGUCCGCGCAAGUGGGUGUGGGCUUGGUAGAGUUGUUGGAUCGGUGACUGUUCCAGACAUUGCACAGUCCAUGCCAAAGCAGUAUCUACAUUCCCAUCUCAUUCACCCUGCCACAAUGGAUAGCAUGAUCCACCUUAUGAUUGCGGCUGUUCUUGACUUUACCGGCAAGUCCACCCUUGAUCAGAUUAGAUUGCCCACUUUCAUACGCGAUGUCUGGGUUUCAGCGGAUCUGAAUUCAGCCCCAGCCCACAAAUUAACAGGCCAUGCAACCGUGUCUCUGGCGGGAUCUGACAAAUUCGAGGGCCAAAUUCAAAUGAUGGAUGAGGCAAACACACACCGCAUCCGCAUGGACGGUAUCGAGCUCACUCCACUGGAGUCUGGUCUUGCUGAAAAUAGCGAGCGAAAACUAUGCAGCGCGAUUGAAUACAAGCCAGACGUCCAUUUCCUCAACUCGAAAUCCGCCCGUGCACUGACUUGUCUCGAGGCUACCGAUGAAGCCGACGCUCUGUACUGGGUGAAGCGUCUUCAGCUUGCAACGAUGCUCUACGUCAUGGACGCACUGGAGGAGCUCGGGGACAUGCAGGUUAUGAAACUCGAUUUACAUAUGCGAAGAUUCUUUGACUGGAUGGAGCAUGUGCAAGAUUUGCUCAAGCGCGAUGAAAUAACCCACCUUCCCUACAAUGAGUUCCUGGAGAUUGCUCAAGACGAGGCUCUCAAGGAAGCUAUCGGGAAGUCAAUCGAGGCACACAGCGCCGAAGGUGCCAUCACUGCCCGAAUGGGCCGCAGUAUCGCCCAAGUUAUGCGCCAGGAGACUGAUCCACUGCAUCUCAUGUUCGGUCAAGACACCGUGAUGGAACAGGUGUACAAGGAAGGCCUCCACUUGUAUAACCUGCCGCAGCAUCUGCGGAACCACUUGUCUCUCAUCCGCCACCAGCAUUCCGAGCUGAACAUCCUCGAGAUUGGCGGUGGUACUGGCAGCUUCACUGCUGAAGUCCUGGCCGUCCUUUCGCCGGACCUUGCGAAAAGCAAAGGAAAUAUUGCCAGCUACACAUUCACUGACAUAUCAUCCGGUUUCUUCGAGAAAGCUAAACAGCGUUUCCAACCAUGGUCCGACAUUAUGAAAUUCCAAUCGCUCAAUAUUGAGCGAAGUCCCGUCAGCCAGGGACUCCAGCUGGGGACAUAUGACCUGAUAUUCGCUGGCAAUGUCAUCCACGCCACUGCAAACCUGCAGAACGCAUUACAGAACCUUCGAUCUCUAUUAAAGCCUGGUGGCCAGCUCAUCAUGCAGGAGGGAAUUCGACAGGAUUUCCUUUGGUAUCCGCUUGUUUUCGGUCAGCUUCCCGGGUGGUGGCUGGGCGAUGAGCCGUGUCGUCAGUGGUGUCCCUACAUCCCGGCCGAAGAAUGGAAUCCCCUGCUGCUGCAAGCGGGAUUCUCGGGCAUUGAUGUCGAGUAUCCCAGUUCUAACGAUCCAGAUUUGACAUGGCAGAGUAUUCUGGUUUCUUCUGCCAUCGAAAUACCCACGGGGAAGUCAUCUAAUGCUGCGGUUAUUGUGACGCCCGGCACAUUGAAAGCCCGGCAGGUCAUUGAGAACCUCCAAGGACUUCUGCCGGAACUGGGAUACACGAGUGUUUUCGUCAAUGAGCCUGCAGAAGUGGAAGAUGCCGUCCUUUCGGAUGCACUUUGCAUCUCAUUGAUUGACUUGGAGGGUCCUUACUUGUUCGAUAUGAACGAAGCGGAAUACAACACACUAAAGAAGAUGCUCAGCGAGUGCCAAAACUUACUGUGGGUGACCUGCAACCCUCUCUCACAGCCACACGCAAGUAUGAGCCUCGGUCUUCUCCGAACAGUGCGCUGGGAGCGAGAUGCCGAUGGCUCGAAUAUCGUUACCCUGACAGAGGCUGAGCAAGAUAUCGCUUCGGCAAAGAGCCUUGCCGCAGCUGUCGGCAAGAUUGUCAAGAGGCAAUUUGUGGACAAGCCGGAGGAUGAUCGCCACGCCGAGUACAUGCUGCAAAAUGGUCUAAUACACAUUGGUCGUUUGAACGAGUGGGAGGCUGCAGAUCAGUUCCUUGCUGCACAGUCCUCUCAGCAAGCUCCUCAACUUCAACGACUCGGUGAUUAUGAUACUCCCAUUGAGUUGCAGGGGGCUGCUGUUAGCACCGGAGAAUACCACUGGGUCAUAGAUAUGCAGCAUGAAGCAUCACCUAGAGACACAGAGGUCGAGGUUGAGAUCCGAGCGAUUGGUCUCUCUUCAGAUAUUUCUGCCGGCCGCCUUGCGAAUGAGAUUGCCGGUGUUGUGAGCAAGGUUGGAUCGGAAGUCGAGGGCCCAGCCCCGGGUGAUAGAGUCAUCUACAUCUCGGGCGACAGAAAGGGCGGUUGCGUCCGAACACACGGUCGAGCUGAUCAGCUGCAGCUCGUGAGAAUCCCCGAUGGGAUCUCAUUUGAAGUCGCAGCCGGCCUGGUUUGGGCAUACGCAACAGCAAUCCAAGGACUCGGGGAGGUGGCUCAUCUCGCACCCGAAAACACUGUCCUGAUUCAUACUAGUGCAACGGAUAUCAGUCAAGCGGCGAUUCAAUACGCCCAAAUGAUUGGAGCCACAAUAUAUGCUACUGUGGCAACGGUCGAAGAACGUGAUUUACUUGUCUCUGACUAUGGCAUCUCCCGAGACCGUAUCUUCUCUAGGAGAGAUCUGAGCUUCUUCAAAGGUAUCAUGCGGUGCACGCAGAAUUCUGGUGUUGACGUAGUCUUCAACGCACUGAGCGGCGAGGCACUCCGGGGGUCAAUUGCAUGCCUUGCUCCAUUUGGGGCAUUUGUUGAUAUUUCUAAUCCAGAUCUGCGAGCUGAUACGACAGUCGAGAUGGCCUCUUUGCCUCGAAAUGUGAGCGUCCACACAGUCGACAUUCCUUUAAUGGCCCAACACCGACCAAAAUCGGUUCGUCUUCUACUCACCGAGGCAUUGAGAUUGUACUCCGAAGGCAAGAUAGCCCAACUCCGAACAACAACUGUCAUGGACUUUACCCAAAUUAAAGAAGGUAUUCGAGCUACUCAGAGCGGAGAAGCAGCCAAAAUUGUGAUUGCACCUAAUCUGUCCAACAUGGUCCCCGUGGUCCCACGACCAAUAUUGCCAUUUCACUUUGACCCAGACGCCUCGUACGUUCUUGCUGGUGGCUAUGGCGGCUUGGGCCGCAGUUUAGCACGAUGGAUGGGAUCUCACGGCGCAACAAGCCUGAUUAUCCUAUCCCGCUCAUCGGCUUCGAGCCCUGAGAAGAUGGAGUUGAUUGCCGAUCUGGACAGAAUGGGAUGCAAGGUCCAUUCGCUGGUCUGCGAUGUGGCCGAUCUCUCCAGCAUCCAACAAUUAUCCGGAGAGGUAUUUCCCCACCUACCUGCUAUCAAGGGAUGCAUUCAAGCAUCCAUGGUCCUACGGGAUGGCACCUUCAGUGCACUCUCCUUCAACGACUGGCAAGCUGCCAUCAGACCCAAAGUGCAAGGUUCCUGGAAUCUGCACACAGUCCUACCAGACAACAUGGACUUCUUCAUCAUGCUCUCCUCAGUCGCAGGCAUCUUCGGCAACCGUGGACAAUCCAACUACGCCGCAGGCAAUACCUUCCAAGACGCACUGGCCGCAUACCGCAUGUCGAAAGGCAUGCAAGCAGCCAGCAUCAACCUGGGCAGUGUAUCCAACGUCGGGUGGUUAGCAGAGAACCGAAGCUCGAUGCGCACGCACACAGCAACAUUAUUCGAGCUUCUCCGUGAAGAAGAGGUCCAAGCAACAGUCGACUUCCUCAUCCGCGGCCAUCAAGACGGCGGCAAUGGAUCGGCGCGCUCACAGCUCGUCCUCGGUGUGCCGACCGCGGAGAUGUGUCGUCGGAACGGCGUCCCGCUGCCUACGUAUCUGAAUUACUCGAUGUUCACGCACUUCCGUAACACCGCGACGGCGAAGAGUACUGAGGUCUCCCAGCAGAAGACUGUUAGCACUGCUGCGCUUUUGGCGGCGGCUGCUGGAGUCGAGGGUGCUGUGGCUGUUGUGUCGGAUGGGAUUGUUGAGAGACUCGCUUCUUUGCUUGCUAUUCCCUGCUCUGAACUUGAUGCUCAGCGUUUCAGCUUAGCGGGUAUUGACUCCCUUGUUGCUAUGGAGUUCCGCGCGUGGAUUGUUAAGGAGCUCAAGGCUGAGGUUUCUUUGCUUGAUAUUAUGGGGGCGGAGAAUAUUAGGGCUUUGAGUGAGAAGAUCGCCGGCAGGAGUCAUUUGAUUAUUGCAGAGGGGUCUGCUUCUGUAUCUUCCUGA